UCGAUUGUGUUGCCUUGCGGUCCAAACUAGUCGAGCUCAGAGUUAUCAUAUUUAAAAAUCAGCGCGAUAGCUGCUUGCCCCGCAUAGUAGUUGGCGUUAGCCGGACCGGAGGACUUUAUGUUAUAUAAGGUGCACUUUUGCUCACAUAUUAUCAACAUAAACUCAUUUGGUACAUCAAAUUUACGCCCAGGGGAUGUCUACGAAGAAACUGGCUAAAGAAUUGGGACUGUUGAGGCAGCGGAGUCAGACUUCUGCUGGGACAAAGAAGUCCGCGGUAUCAAAUCAGAUGUUUUCACACCUGAUUGUGAUUGACUUUGAGUCGACUUGCUGGAGAGAGAAAACCAAUUACAGCCAAGAGAUAAUUGAAUUUCCUGCUGUUCUACUAAACACAUCCACAGGAGAAAUUGAGUCUGAGUUCCACACAUAUGUUCAACCCCAGGAGCACCCCAUUCUGUCCAAGUUCUGCACUGAGCUCACAGGGAUUACACAGAGGCAAGUUGAGGCAGGAAUUCCCCUCCAGAUCUGUCUUUCCCAAUUCAGCCGCUGGCUGCAGCAUCUGCAGCGUGAGAUGGGACUGGUGUUUCCCAGCAGCCAACACAGAAGUUCUGAACCUUCACCAUCUCAGAAGCAGUGUACGUUUCUCACGUGGUCAGACUGGGAUCUUGGAGUUUGUUUACAGUACGAAUGUAAACGCAAGCAGCUGCAUAAACCUGAUGUACUGAACAGCUGGAUAGACCUGAGAAGCACAUACAGGCUGUUUUACGACAGAAAACCCAAAGGUCUUAAUGGAGCACUUCAGGAUCUUGGAAUACAGUUUUCAGGAAGAGAACAUUCUGGUCUGGAUGACUCUCGAAAUACAGCUAAGCUGGCGUCAAGGAUGAUGAGGGAUGGAUGUGUAAUGAAAAUCACUAGGAGUCUGGAGAGGGCAUCAUCAACAGUCAAGCCCAUGUUUAGAAACACUACUGCAGAUGAAAAGAAAAACCCAGGCACCAACAAAAAGGAAAAUCCUCUCUCCAUUCAUAGACCUUCAUCAUCCAGGAGUCCUUUAACGUUAUGUCACAUAAAUUCAUAUUCAGAGAUUACUACUAAUAUAGACACAAAGGAAAACUUAAAUUCAGCUCUGGCGCCUGUUAAUGUUAAUGUUUGUCAGAGCCUGAUCUCACCACAGACGCUGCUUAAUGGUACAAAUACUUCACUGUGGGGAUGCAGCAGCAGGUCAGUCAAGAAGGAGACGGCAAAUCUUUCCUCUUCAGUUACGAUCAACUGUAUCUCUCCGAAUAGUAAUUGUGGAAACAGUGUGGUUCUGUGUCCUACUAUUCUGGACGGCUAUUCAAACCUGCCUCAACCACAACAACUUUCAGAAACCGUGGCAACAGUCGGACUCGAGGACAAUGGAGAACUUUUAGUGGAAACAGAGAGAUGUGGGUCAUAUGAUGAAGUUGUAUUAGAGUGUGAUGAUAUUAUUGAUGAUACUGAGUACAUUUCAGCUUUUGACAGUGGAUGCUACGUGUGGGAGGAGCCCGAAUGUUCAUAUUCAGCAAGAAAUCUGUUUACAAUAAGUGACAAAGUGAGACCUGGGAUGAAGACCACUCAUGUACCCACAAAAAUGUCAAGGUCCCAUAUUAUUACCUCGGCUCAGCCACAUGUGAUGAGGCAGCAUUCUGUGGUUUCAGAGCCAAAUACACAUUCUGCUGUAAACACAAGUGUUCCUCUGGUCUGCGAAACCAACCAGCAAAAAAACAUUCAAAAGACACCCUCUCCCUUUAAGCCAAAGUCUUUUGUCCCAGAAAACACCUCCACCCCUAAUGUGUUUGCCAAACCCAAACCAGUCUCUCAACAGAAGCACAGACCAGCUCCAAAAUCCUCCUUCACCAUCUAUACUGACGUAACAAAGCAGGCUGCAACGCCCUCCCAUCCCUCUUCAUGCAACUCUCUUUACACCUCCAACAAUGUCCUCUCAACACUGUCAACCAACACACGAUCCUCGUCUACCAGCUCUUCAUCCUUCCUUCCUUUUAAAUUCCAGGGAGGAGGGAAGGUCACCGCUCCGCUGUGUGCAUGCGGCCGUCGUGCAAAGCGACAGCUUGUAUCUAAUGGGGGUCCCAAUCAGGGACGGGGGUUCUACUGCUGUCCCGUCCGCCGAUCGGGCAGUGGAAGCAGGAUACAGAAGGGGUGUGAUUUUUUUAAAUGGGAGUCAUCUCUGUCAGGGAGCAGUUUGGCUGCUGGUCCUCCCGUCAGAUCGUCUGUUUCACUCUGUCAGUUCAAUUCACUUGUGGACUGUCAUCCACAAAACAGACUAAGAAAAAGCUGUUAACAUGUAAGAAACCUCAUCAUGUCUUAGUCACACUGAAGUAGUGAUAUAUAACUAACUUCCGUUUUGUUUGUUGACCUUUUUUGUGUGUGUUCAUGGUUUAAUACUUUCAGAAUUGAAAAAAAAACCACACUAGAUAAUGAAAAGAAGAUCUGUUUGACCCAAGAAUAAUGUGGGUCAAAUGGUUAAAAUAAAGAGCCAAUAUAUAAUUCAUAUUAUGCAAAAUGGAAUUAUGAAAUCUGGAUUUAAUCAUUGUAAUGAUGGCUAAUCGUGUUGAUGAUCUUUAGGAUAUAUAUGCAGUUGCUAUUUUACACAAUAUUUAUUGGAUAUAUUAAUUAUGUAUUAAUGUGUAUUUGUGUGUGUGUGUGCAUAUACAUUUGAUUAUGGACAACAAAUUAAAUGUUGCGUAAUACAGUG